UAUAGAUAUAUAUAUAGAGAGAGAGAGAGGCGCAGGUAUUAACGUACGUAGUUAGCUUACAAUCAAGAAGCUAGGUCUCCGGUGCUGUCUCCAACAAUAAUAUGAUGGAAAAGGCUUAUUCCCUCUUUCUCUGCGUUCUCUUCAUUUCAGUCCUCUUUUUGCCAUCCACAGCAGCUGGAAGAGCACUGCUUCAGACAGCUCAAACGGAGGGUGAGGGUGGAAACCACGGCGGAAAUGAUGGGAGUAAAAUGGGAGUAACAGGCAGUCGCUCCAAACCUGCCCCCUCCAAAACUGGAGUUUCAUCUCCCUCCAAACCGACCCCCGGCGCAUGCGUUCAAAGUUCGCACCGUGCAUGUGCAAUAUCCAAAUUCAAUGCAGCCAGACGCAGACAUUGCAGCAAUUAUAAACGUAGCUGCAAGUGAAGCUUACGAAGUUGAAGUAAAGUGGAAAAUUCAGAACAAGGAAAACAAUAGUGAUAAUUAUUCAUACUUACACUCGUAGUUCACAAAGUAGAA